CAUUUUAGUAGUUCAAUAAAAAUUUAUCUUAGUAAUUUCUACUUGUAUUGUUUUAUUUAAAAUUUGAGAUGUUACAAUGAGUUGAAUCUUGGAGAUGAUGUUCAACAACUCAAAAUCAUUAUAGUUGAAUAUACAUGCUUCCAUGCAUCUCCAUGUUUAGCACUUUCUAUCUUAAGUAAUAAUCCAUUUUAAGCUUUGACCUUUUGUCCAACCUCAAAUUUGAAGACACAACCAUGCAAAGAUCUAAAAACAUUCUUGUCAUCAAAACAAACUUCAAUCAUAUUUUCUCUCUCUUUCGGUGUCUCUUUUUUAAAAAAAAAUACAUUAUCUUUUCAAUGUUUUAAAUUGCAGUUUGAAUGCAACUGCAAUUGCGACAGUAAUAUUGCGGUAAAGCAGUCAUCACAAUCGGUGUUUGACAGCUACAUCAAUCUUAUUUCAAAACAACAAUUACAUUUUGCCGUAACUGUCGUAACCAUAUAUGUUUUUUGAAUAUGAAACCAUUUUCAUUAUUUAAAUAAAUUGUUAUUGAUUUCUUAAACGUUGUAAUGAAAAUGGCUUCUUUUUCUUCAUAUUAUGGUUCCCUUUUUCUUUUAUCUCUCUUUUCAAGCUUCAUCACCAUUGCAUUGGGUGGAACUUUUAACACUGACUUUGAUAAUCUUUUUGGAGAAGAAAGGGUUGAUAUUAAGGAUGAUGGUAAUAGCAUGACCCUCACUAUGGAUGAAUAUUCUGGUUCAGGCAUUGUAUCCAAGAAUGAGUAUUUAUAUGGAAGAUUUGAUAUGAAAAUAAAGCUUGUUCCUGGAAACUCUGCUGGAACUGUCACAGCCUAUUAUCUUAGCUCCAUAGGAUCACAACAUGAUGAGAUUGAUAUAGAGUUCUUGGGAAAUUUGACUGGUGAUCCAUAUUUGCUCUCAACUAAUGUAUAUGCUGAUGGUAUUGGAGGUCGUGAGGUGCAAUUCUAUCUUUGGUUUGAUCCAACAGAGGAUUACCACACUUAUUCCAUUGAUUGGAACCCUGACCGCAUUAUAAUCCUAGUGGAUAACAUUCCAAUUAGAGUGAUGCUCAAUAGGCAAAGUAUUGGUGUUCCAUUCCCUACGAAAAGACCAAUGAGAGUGUACACAACUCUUUGGAAUGGAGACUCAUGGGCAACAAGAUGGGGUGAAGUUAAGCUUGAUUUGUCAAAUGCUCCAUUUGUGGCUGGUUUCAAAAACUUCAAUGCUAAUGCUUGCAUUGCAAAGCAAGGUACAAGUUGCAAGGGUUUCAAUGGUGGAAAAAAUAAAGGCCUUGAUAUUGAAAGCAAGAGAAAGUUGCAAAAAAUUCUUUCCAAAUGGGUAGUUUAUGACUAUUGUGCUGAUUUGAGACGUUAUGCUCAUGAUGGUCUUCCAUAUGAAUGCCGCAAGGAGAAUUUAUUACAAUUUGAAUAAAGGUUAAUGCAAAUAUAUAUGAUGUAUAUUGCACCGUCUUGUUUAAUGGAAUAAAAGAAAACAUGCAAAUAUUA